AUGGAGAUAGUUUUAAGAUAGUUUUAAUGUUUUAAUCGAUUAUCUUUGGUAAACCUUGUUUUUAGUGACUAUGGAGUUUCAUUGGAAAAUUUGCUUAAAUUUUAUUUACAAUGCUAGAGAAAAGAUUACUAAACGACGUCGUUUUUUCAUUGAUUUCGUUUGCAAUGGCAAAAACGGCACCGUCUCUUGUUCCUAAACCAAGUACCAACGGACUUCGGACUUCAGCAUUCUAACAAUUCAACAAAGUGGAAGGAAACCAAACUUCCUCUCUUUCCCGCCAGCCACGAUGUCCUCAAUAUCCAUCCAAAUCUCCGAUGACGACUCCGACAACUGCGACUCUCCGUCAAUGCCUCCCACGUCGAGCCUUCUCAAACCCCGCAAUAUCCGAAGCAGACAACACAUUUUACAAGACUUUCAUGAAAAUCAAAACCAACGGCACCAAUCUUUUGGACAACAUAGCAAAAAGAAGAACGAGACUCUCAUCAGAGCCUUCCUUAUAAUCAUCAAGAACCGCUGGGGCCUACUCGUAUUCUUCCCUCUCUUCAGCUUCAUCCUCUUUGGUCUCUGGAGAAUUUUCUCUAUCACCCAUCAAGACAUGGGUCGAGUUGACCCGAAUCUCCGGGUCUCCGUUAAACGUAAACAAAGUUGCUUGAAGCUUUUGGACCAAGAAGAACUGGAGAAUCUGGAAAUACCUUCAAUGGUAACUCCUCGCUUUCCUGUUAAAAGAGUGGUGUAUAUAUCAGACUCUGAUGGAUCUGAUAUUGGUGCCAAUAUCACUUCACCGCGUCAGCCAUCGGAAUCUACAAGGUUUAACAUGUUUACAGGGUAUCAAACAAUUCACCAAAGAGAACAAAGUUAUAAGGUGAAUGAAACUGCUGCGGUGCAUUGUGGUUUCUACAGUGAAAAUGGAGGGUUUAAGAUAUCUGAUGAGGACAAGAGCUAUACGCAAACUUGUCAAAUUGUGGUGUCAACAUGUGCAUUUGGAGGUGGAGAUGAUCUGUUUCAACCUGUAGGAAUGUCUCUGUCGUCGCUUAAAAAGGUUUGCUAUGUGGCAUUUUGGGAUGAAAUUACUCUCCAAAUUCAGGAGGCAGACGGACAUAAAAUUGAUGAUAACCAUAUGAUUGGAAUAUGGCGAGUUAUUGUUGUUCAGGAGCUUCCUUUUGCAGACCAACGAUUGAAUGGUAAAAUCCCAAAGAUAUUGGCACAUAGAUUGUUUCCUCAAGCUAGAUAUUCAAUUUGGGUAGAUUCUAAGUCUCAGUUUCGGCAAGAUCCAUUAGGUGUCCUUGAAGCACUUCUCUGGCGUACAGGUUCUGUAUUAGCAAUUUCUGAACAUGGAGCUCGUAGCAGCAUCUAUGAUGAAGGCAAGGCUGUGGUUGAGAAAAAUAAAGCCACCUCAGAGGAAGUUGAAGCACAGUUGUUUCAGUAUCGCCAAGAUGGUUUUCCCAAUGAGAAGAAGUUUAAUGGAAAGAAAGCUUUAGUAGAAGCUUCAGUUAUUGUUAGAGAGCACACACCAUCGACAAAUCUGUUCAUGUGCCUCUGGUUUAAUGAAGUGGUUCGUUUUACCUCACGUGACCAACUCAGCUUUCCAUUUGUGCUCAGGCAAUUGAGCAUACUGACGAAUAUAAACAUGUUCCCUGUCUGUACUCGCAAAGAACUUGUGAAUACUAUGGGCCACAAACGCAAAGCUAUAUCUCAGAUAAGUUAAGAUGUUAUGUUGGUAACAUAAUUCUUUGAUAGUACAUACUUUUUCUUGUAUAGCAUUUUUUUUUUUUUUGGGUGGGAAGAGGAAGGGUUGUAAUUUGACUGCUUUGGAUCCAUCAUUAUCUGCUAGCCUAUUUACUUAUGUAAGCAUUUAUUUAAAGAAACACCCAAAAGACGAAAAGGAAAGAAAUUGAAACUUUACUGAGUGGUCCUGGUUCUUUCUCUCUAUCUCUCUCCUUUUCUUUUAUGUACCUUGAAAAACUAUAUAUAUAACAUUGAGCACUCGGGAAGCACAGAUAGUGCUCAAUUUUAAUAUAACUAGUGAAUUUCUUGAUGUACAUCCAUCGGUGAAUGAGGUCAAGUAUAUUUAACGAAUGUAAUCAAAGCUAUCAAGCACUUGGCUGUAGUCAAGUUGUUUGAUAUUUGUUAGGCUGCAUACUCUUUUUUAAUUGAUUAUUGAAUUACAAUAGUUUGAUUUUUUCAAAGGUGGGGUUAUCUAACUUGUGAACAAGACUGCAUCUCCUGGACCCAUGAGAGAAAGUAGUCAAGUUAUAGCAUAAUAGAAGGGAGUUAGCUAGUCACCUUCUCUGCAUGAAUCUUGCUUUCCAAUGAAACUCAUUGAAGCAAAGAUAGAGAUUGAUAGUAUGCAUCACCCAUAUAAGAUUAUGCAAAUCUUAAUAAGAAGAGAAAACUUUCUAGUUGAUUACUAUGUAUAUAUAUACUUGCUAUAUAGGAAUAGAUUGUUCCAAGAUAAUUGGUAGAAAAGUUUUGAUUUGCAAAUCUUCUAUGGCUUUCAAGUUCUUAAUAGAGGAGGCACAUAUUAUCAUACUACACAGAUGGGAAGGUUCAAGGUUGGUUGAAAGAAAUGAUAGGAAAAUGAGAUUAACCACUAUAAGUUUCUUGAAUAUGCACCAACUGUAUUUAGGAGUGAAAUGGAUUGAUAAUACCAUGGAAACCUUACUGGUCUUGCAGAUCUUGUUCUGGUUCACUGACACUACUAUUUUAUCUCCAUGUUGGCCUAGAUUUGGAGCAAUAGAACUAAAGCAGGUUUGGCACUAGCUAAUUAAGACCAUGCCAUUGAAAUCCCCAAGCACACAAACUUAGGGUUCUUGUUUUUGGCCACACACAAAAUUUGAAGUUCAUUUGCUUAUAAAAUUCAUAAGAAAGGUUAGACUAUGAUGUCCAUCAAUUUAAAAUGGAGAAUAUGAUUUGUUGUCUCAAUCUAAUGGACAAGAGCAUAUGAAGAAGAGCUCAGAAACUAGCAGAUACUUUUUUCUCUUAUCAUUAGUAUUGACUAUGCUGCUCAUUUUAGCCUUUGGAAAGUUCAAAGUAACACUUUUUCAUGUGUCUCUUCUUGGGUUUCUAGUUAGACUCUCCGUCCAAGAGACUCAUCAGUUUUUGCUAAUCUCGACGUUAAGAUUCGCUUCUGCUUCCUUUAAAGAAACUUCUUGCUUGCUUUGGGGCUUUGACUCUUGAAAAUUAUGUUAUAUAUAAAUGUUAUGAGGUUCAUUUCACAUAGUAUUUUUCUGACAAUUAAAAGUGCACGAUUAUCAAAAUGCAUUUAGCUAUGCUGAGAGUUCAAAAGUCCUAACCAUUCAAAAUGCAGUAUUGUCACAUUGCGAAGGUAUAUCUUCCAUUUUCAGCCAACAUCAUGAACUUCCAAUUGUGACCUUGAGAGAAGUUUUUUUUUUAGAGUUAUUUGUUGACCUUCCAAUGAAUUACUGAUUUAGAGCAGAAGGCUUUCACAUGGAUCCUAGACAAACUUUAUAUAAUCCUGAAGACAUGGGGCAUCUUCUAAUCCAUAGUUUUUCAAAAAUAGCUAUAUUUUGCGCUAAAUCAACUGUCUUUGAAGUUUGUGGAAUAUUUGUUUGUUUUGGAUUAAACAAGAUAAUAAAUGAAGCUCUUAGUUUUUUUAAUUCAACUACAAGCAUGUCUGUCAACUUCCAUCGACAGCUGAUGCUUGACUUGCUUUAAAACGAGGUUAUUUUCUUGUUUCUUUACAUGUUUUAAUCUGUUUUCAUCUGACUUCCUAGAUGGCAUCUUUGAUGAUGAAAAACAAGUUUCGUUAAAAUUUUCUCAUGAUUGUCUGAUUCUGACAGAAAUGCAGAUUCCAGUUCAUAGAUUUUCCUGGUUGACUCUUCGCUUUGAACCAAAUUAGAAACUUCUUUCGAAACAUAAACAUAUUAUGAUUAAAUUAGAAACAUGGUCUAAAUUUCUUACAUGCAUUAGUAGUGCAUGUCAUGUACUUUAAUGCUAUAAUUAUGACUAAAGUUUUAAGUUAAACUGAUCAAUCAUGUACAAUGGAACACCCUUGACAUAAUGAAAGUACUCAUGAAUUUGGCAAAUGAUGUUUUGAAGCAAACUAUAUGAUCAUUAUAAACUUCAUAGAAAAAUUCAUGGUAAGUUUUAAUU